AUAAAAGAAUUGCGGUGGAGCGAGUUCCCAUGAAGCCGACGCAUUUGUUGCAAAGCAUUUCUAGAGAGAGGCAGUGAGCCAGUCGUUUCCCAAAAGCCUCUGAUAGCCAUUGCUGCUGGGCUCUGUGGAUUGCACCGAGCCACUUCGGACGGUCCGAGGACCAGAGCGUUCCUGCGCUCUUGUGAGCCACUGGUACUUUGUCUCCAGAAACGAGCUUCUCUCUUUGAAGAGAAGUCACGGACACCGCUUCACGUGAGCAACUACUGACGAGCACCGCCGGCGGUUGUUGCGCUGCAUUUCUGCCGCCGAGCACCACGGAAGUCUCUACCUUAGCUCGACGAAACGAUCAGCGCCUCUGCGCUGUCUCAUUAUGUUCAUGCCGCGCUUCGUCACUUCUGCGACUGGUCCACUCUUACUGUUUCUCAUCUGACGCUUUGCCUUCGGCUGCAGCCUGUGUGAGCCUCAGACCGUCAGAGCGUUUAUAACGAAGCGCUCAGUUGACACAACCUGCGCGAAUAUCACCGUUGACACAACGUGACACGACGUGACACGACGUCACACGACGUAACACGACGUCACACGACGUCACACGACGUAACACGACGUGACACGACGUGACACAGCCGCGGCCCAGGCAUGGCAACGGCGUUGUCCUUGACGCAUCCCUUGGCAACGGAAUGCAGACCAAGAAGAGGAAACGUUUUCCGUGACGUGCCAGCUCCUGCGGCAGUCAACGACGCGAGCAUGAGACUUCACCUGACGUAUUCCGUGACGUCACCCUCCCUCAUCUCCGCCUCGUCCACCUCAUCCUCCUCAGUUUCCUCAUCCAUUACCUCUUUCACCGAACAACAACGCAAACCGCAUCUACUACUACUACGUGUACCUCAACCCUGUCAUUCUCGUCCUUUUCAGCGACAACAGCGAGUCGACGACAUCUCUCUUCAAACCACGGCUCCCCACCAACUGAUGGCUCCAACGUGCUUCCGAACCGACGAGGGAGACCCGGACAUUUCCAUUCCUCACCAUCCGAGCAUCUCAGCCCCCUCCCAUUGGUCCACCUCCAACCCCGCUUCAAGCUUCCUCGAUACGCGAUACGGCCCGUGGGCAAACGCUAUGAUGGAGAGACAAACUAUGAAAAGCUUAGAAGACAAGUUUAAGGAGCAAGCCGGCGGAGGGGGGGGCGACAGCGGCGGAAGAGGCGGGGACGAUGACGGGAAUGGCGGAGACGGCGGGGGAGACGGGGGAGACGGGGAGGGGGACGAGGGGAACGGGGGAAACUUCAGUCAGAUUGACGCGCUGCCGUUUCUGAGCCUGGCGUUUGCCGCGUUACACGCGUGCUACUGUAUCGUCAUAGGGUUAAAGGAGAAGGUUCUGCCGCCGGAUUUCCUCCGCACGGCUGCUGGGCUGUCCUCGCUGCUCAUCGCCUCGGCACUUCGACUCAACUCAACGCGCUACGGGUUCGACUCCUACGUACUGGGCCUUGGGGCAUCUGUCGGCGUCUCUGUGUGGUCGGCUGAGCGCUGUUUCCUCCGCAAGGAGCCCUCCCCAUCCGGUGUCGCUGCACUCUGCUCAGCUGUGAUGGCUGCGCUCUACACAUGCGCUCUCUACCGGACUGUGUAAAGCCCGUUCACAAUGGCCUCCUCCUCAGCUGCAACCUGCGCUGCUCUGCAGUUGCAGCUGAGCUCUACACCUACACGCUCUACCACACUGUGUAAAGCCCACUUAUGGCAUCCUCAGCUGCAAUCUGCUCUGCUCAGCAUUGAUGGCUCCACUCAACACAUUCGCUCCCUACUGGACUGUUUGAAGCCCAGCAUCUGCUCCGUUCUCUGCUGCAGUCUGUUCAACAGCCGCCAUGGCUGCCCUCCACACACGUGCCCUCCACCGGACUGUUUAGAGCCCGCUCUUCACUGGACUGUUUGGAGCCCCGCUCUCAGCCUCGACCCUACAUACGUACGCUCUCCACCGCCCUGUACAGAGGCCGUCUGUACAGCAGCUGUCACUUCACCGGACACAAGAGAUGUGGCCAGCAACCCUCGCUCGCUCGCUCGCUCACCAUCAGUCCCUGCCAUGUGCCUGCAUGGAAUGGAGCCUGCCAUGAGCAGCCACGACUCUCCCUACAGAUCAAUCCUGUACAGCAGUUGCCGCUUCACCGGACACAAGAGAUGUGGCCAGCAGCCCUCGCUCGCUCCCUCACCAUCAGUCCCUGCCAUGUGCCUGCAUGGAAUGGAGCCUGCCACCACGACUCUCCCUACAGAUCAAUCCUGUACAGCAGUUGCCGCUUCACUGGACACAAGAGAUUUGGCCUGCAACAGCCCUCGCUUGAUCACCUAUCCAUGUCCGGGUCUUACUGUUAGAUUGUCGAGAGAAUGAUGCUCAGCACCUCACCAAGAGGUACCAAGGCCUUUCUAGCCCUCCUUUCUCAUUUCCAAUGCCCCGCUAGGUCUUGACAGGCUGUGUGUUGUGUGUCAUUUUAGGCUGUGUGUUGUGUGUCUUUUGAGGCUGUGUGUUGUGUGUCUUUUGAGGCUGUGUGUUGUGUGUCAUUUGAGGCUAUGUGUUGUGUGUCAUUUCAGGCUGUGUGUUCUGUGGCAAAGGAGUGUGCUUACGGUAUGUGUUGUUUGUUCAGUGUGCAUAUGUACCCGUAUCAUGUUAAUCUCCAUCCAACCAGCCAUCUGUACUGUCAAACAUAAAUUGCAUAUUGUUAUAGACUAUAUAGGGUUGUGCCUUAGGGAGUACAACCUAUUAGGUUAUAUUCUCUUGUAUGUCACUGUUC